AUGGAUGCUCCGAGGAGAGUUACUAUCAAGGAAGCGGGUGCACCGGAUUAUGUCCUUCAACCCCUUCAUGUAACUCACCCCAACUUGAAUGCAAACUUUGAAUUGAAGACCGCUUUGAUCAACCUCCUACAUAAGUUUCACGGGCUUCCCGCACAAGACCCUAUUCGACAUCUCAAGGACUUUCAUGGUAUAUGCUCAACCACUAGACGGGAAGGAUCCGAUGAAGUUGCUAUAUGGUUGUUUGCUUUCCCUUUCUCUCUUGAGGACAAGGCGAAAGAAUGGUUCUACACUCUAUCUAGUGAAGUCACCUCCGAUUGGGACUUACUUAGAAGGGGAUUCUUGGAUAAAUUCUUGCCCCUGGAGAAGAUGGAUAGGCUAAGGAAGGAAAUGUCUUGUAUAGUGCAAGGUGAAACAGAACCGCUAUACGAGUAUUGGGAACGGUUUCGUAAGCUACUAGACGCAUGUCCUAAUCACAUGCUUGACACUCAAGUGUUGCUUGGAUACAUAUGCCAAGGGAUGCGAGAACAAGAUAGAACUCUCUUGGACACCUCUAGCAAUGGUUCUUUGUCUAAAUAUAAAACAGCGGAGGAGGCAUGGCAACUUAUCAUUGACCUAGCCGAAUCCAAUCAACAUAUGAGACGAAGAGUCAACCGCCCAAAAACUGUGAAUGAGGUAUCAACUAGUAGCGAAACCACCGCUCUAACCAAAUCCUUGAGUGAAAUGACAUCCAUCUUGAGGCAACUCCAACUGAGCCAACAACAACCACAACAACCUCAACCAUAUCAACAACACUCUCCACUCCCUCAACAAUACAACCAACAAUUGGUCCCUCAGAAAGUGUGUGGCAUUUGUUCUUGCUAUUCCCACUACACGGAUGAGUGCCCAAGCCUUCAAGAAGAUAACACUUUGGCGGCUACCCAUAAUUUCUAUGACCGCCCAAAUCAAGGGUACUACCAAGGCGAGAAGGGUGCAAAGGACUCAAAUCCUAUCACAAUCGCCCAAGAGGAGGAGAGAAUAGAUAUAGAAGAGGUAGUGGAAGAGGAGACACCACAAGUCAUAGUCGAGGAUGAAGCUCAACCAACAAAGGAGACCCCCAAGGCCAAGAGAACCUUGGAAGAAGAAAUUGCUCAACCACUCCCAUUUCCAACACUUGCAAAGAAAGCUAGAAAGCGCAUAGAACUCGACCUCAAAAUGGUAGAAAUGUUCAAGAAAGUUGAGGUAACCAUCCCCCUCUUUGAUGCUAUCCAUCAAGUUCCUAGGUAUGCAAAAUUUCUUAAACAUCUAUGCAUGAACAAGGAUAGAAUUCUUGAAUUGGAAACCAUCCCAUUGGGAAAUUCUAUUUCCGCUUUAAUGGGAGCAUUGCCCGAGAAGUGCGAUGAUCCGGGCCCUUGUAUGGUCACUUGCACCGUCAAUGGAGUUCAAUUUAUCGAUUGUCUGUGUGACCUCGGAGCAUGUGUUAGCAUCAUGCCGCUCUCCGUCUACCGGGUAUUGAAGUUGCCACCACUAAAAAGGUCGACGGCAAGAUUUCUCCUAGCGGAUAAAAGCAUAAUAACCGUGACGGGUGUUGCGGAAGACGUAUUGGUGAAUAUCAAAGGGUUGGUGUUUCCAAUUGACUUCUAUGUCCUUGAAAUGCCAUCAAGCGAAACCGAGAGAGCAUCAUCUAUCCUACUUGGAAGACCAUUUUUGAGAACUUCGAGAUUCAAGCUAGAUGCCUACUCGGGAACCUACUCAUUUGUGAUAGCUGGGAGAGUCGUAAGUUUUAGCUUAGAAGAAGCAAUGAAGCAUCCACCGGAGAAUCACUCUCUAUUCCGGUGUGACCCAAUUGACAACAUCGUUGCCGAAGUGCACCUUGCAAAGUUAGAUGAGAAGUACAUGAUUGAGGAAGCAAAUGAAGAUCCAAGCAAAUUAAACACCACGCACCACACAAACCAUCCGGAAACUCAAACCUCAAAUAAUGACAAAAAGAUGGAAUUGAAGCCACUACCACCCACCUAA